AUGACUUCAUGUUUGGAACAACAUUGGCCGGACGGCCAGUUAAGCUGGCUGAGCAGAUAGACACACUCAAAUAUGUGACAACAUAUGAAAAUAUCUCGGCUAAUAGGAUAUCUCACCUUUCCAUAUUUCUUGUCCCCAAUGUACCUUUCGAUCCUAAUUAUGGUGCAUUGAUAUACUAUCAGUUUCAAAAAGGCGGAGUACCUCUAGCAGAUUUCCGGCUUCUGGGAGGCCUGGAUGCAAACAAGCAAAGUGCCAUAUUUAAAAUCAAUCCGGAAGCCUACACCAGCGGAGGGCAGCAACAGUCAGUCACAAAAGAAGGGGAUAUAGACAUGGACAUAGAGAUUGACCCUUCGGCGCCGCCCGUGGACACUACACUGGUUAUCGGUAUUUCCAUUGAGCCUUUGGCAGUAGUUACUGCUCAACUGGAGCAAUUCAAGUUGUCAAAAGCACCUCAAUUGACCUUACCUGCUCCUCCUAGUCUAUCCAUCAACGACAUACCAUUGACCAAAGAACAAGUUGAGUCUGUCUCGAAUAAAAUCAUCAAGAACGCUUAUGAUUAUCUGAGCUCUUUUGUUGACUCUUCAAAUAAGGUUCCCAUUAAAAAGUUUGACGACUGGUGGGCCAAGUUCAAAUCGAAAUUGGCGACCGAUCCUAAAUUCUUGGAUAAUUUAAAUUGACGAUGAAUUGAUGCGCUAUUUACAAUAUUUCUUUUAGUGAGUUUAGUCGUGCAACCACUUCCUCAUUUCCCAAGAGCUCGAUCAUGUCCGGAAGUUUCGUUCCUGGCUGUCCCGCGCUAAUCGCAUAACGAAUAGUUUGAUAAAUGUCCUUUUUCUUGAUAAAAGGAUAGACUGCCAAAAUCUUAGGUAUUAUAGCUUCAAGGUCCGUAUAAUCUGACUGUUCGGCAAGCAGUUCCACAAUCCCAACUUUUUCAGGCUCUAGGACGUUCUCGAGUCCUUCUUUAGUGUAAGUAGGACGUUCAAAAUAAAACCGAAAACUCUCGCUGAAGACAGAGUUGAGUGUGGUCAGCGAGCUACCGGUUUUCAGAAGCACCUUUUUCACAUAAUCUUGAGUAAUUCUGCGGUUCUGAUUCAGCUUGCCAUAAAUAUCUGCCGAAAACUUAUCGAGGUAGUCAGGAUCUUCGAGUCUGCGUUGUAAGUAAUGUUUGUUGAAGUAAUUGAGUUUCUGAAAAUCCACCUUGGCAUUGCCAACUGUCAAACCUUCAAGGUUGAAAUGGUUCUCUAGAAAGUCCAUAUCGUAGAUUUCAUGUAACUUUUCUCCUUGUACCCUUUUUGGAGCCCAUCCAAAAAGAACUGCGAAAUUAAUUAGAGCUUCGGGAAGAUAACCCUGGUUCUUCAACGACAUGAUGUCAAUAUCACCGGUACGUUUGGAUAGCUUUCUGUUAUCAAUAGUCGUUAGUAGAGGUAUAUGCACAAACUUCGGCUUCUUCCACUCGAAAGCAUCAUAUAGAGCAAUAUGUUUAGGGGUGGAAGCAAGCCACUCCUCUCCUCUGAUAACAUGAGUGAUUUCCAUCAAAUGGUCGUCAACAACAUUGGCAAAAUGAUAAGUGGGAAGACCAUCACUUUUCAGCAGCACUGGAUCUUCAUACCUUCUGUCGAAUGGAUUUACCUGCGGUUGCCAGUUGAUGUAUCCAUGGAGUAAAUCGUCGAAUUCGGGAUAUUUGUCUGGUGAUUUAAAUCUGACAGUGAAUUCCUCCCCUCGAGCAGCCUUAGCGUCAGAUUCCUCUCUAGUAUAUACUCGCAAACAAUGCCUGUCAUAUGACACAGUAGUAGGUGGUCUGAGCAGCCUUGCAGAGUCCCGAAGCCCAUCUAGCCUAGAUUUAGAGCAGAAACAUCUGUAUGCAAGCCCUUUGUCCAGCAGCUCGUCAAUAUAACGCGUAUAUAUUUCAGAUCUGUCGCUCUGUCUAUAAGGGCCAUAAGGACCACCCACUGUAGGGCCUUCGUCAACUUUAAUUCCUAGCCAGUUCAGUGUGUCGUAAAUGUUAUCUUCGGCCCCAGGAACUAGCCUCUUUUGGUCAGUGUCUUCCAAUCGCAGCAAAAACUGACCACCUGUAGCCCUUGCAAGUAAGUAGUUAUACAACGCUGUUCUAAGGGAUCCUAAAUGCAAGAAACCGGUAGGUGAAGGGGCGAAUCUUGUUCUUGCGGGAGUCUUCAAAUCUGCUGGCAGAUUCUCAUUCUGUGCAUUUUUCCUUCUGAGUGUGAACUUGGUACGCAGUUGCAGCUUCGGAGUGCUCAAAAUGCGCAUUGGUGUGUGGAAUGUUCGUACCCUCACCAUUUUUUGGAUUUCAG